CUUUAACUAGCAGUCACGCUCAAGUGAUUUCAAAACAAAUUCAACAUGGCUACUCAGUGGAUACCACCGCUUCCCCCGGGUUUUGAAGCUCGGUGGGAUCCUACCCAAAGGGCUUAUUUUUUUAUUGACCACACCAACAAGACCACCACAUGGCAGGACCCCAGGUUUCCACCCAGUGGCCCAGUUCCGCCUCCAGUGACCCACCAGGCAGCCGCUCAGUCCUUGAAUCAGGGUGCAGGGCUACGGCCCACAGGUGGUGCUACGGCAGGACAGAAAGUGCCAAUGUCCAUGAAGUCUCGACAGGUUGGAGCUACCACCACCAUUGAGAGCUCUGACAGUUCGUCGAGUGAGGAGGAGGAAGAGAACUUUGACAACCUUUUCGCUUCCUCUACUGAUAAGACAUCUGAAGGAAGUGAAUUUCAGAAGAAAGUAAAGGAAAUACUGACUGAAUUUCCAACAGCACCAGAAAGUGCAGUAGCUGAGUUGCUGAGGAGCAAUAACAACAUAACAGCGAGAGUCAAGAACAAAUUGUUUGAUAAAGGAUACAAGCGGGUGACAAAAGCGGACAAUGUGAUUCCUGACAAGAAGGCUCCGGUACAAACUGUCUGGAUGCAGGAGGAGAAAGUGGACCUUAUGAAGCUUCAUCAGCUCAGGCAGUCGUUCCCAUCAGCACCGGAGGAUGUGAUACAGCAACUCCUCAAAUCGCACCAUAACAACACUGUGAGGGUUUCUAACGCCCUACACGAGAUGGGAUACAAGCGGGCGGAGGCCGUCAGUCAUCCGGAACCCAGGCGGGUAGAUAUCCUGGAACGUGUCCGUGCAAUGUAUCCUGACACUGACAAGGAAGUGAUUGAUUCUGUCUUUAAAUCUUGUGAGGGAGAUGAGAGAACCAUGAGGCAGGUUCUGGAUCGCAUGGGCUACAAACCAAAGUUCCCUGAGACCCACCGCAACCCGUCCGCCAAGGGGGAAAGGAGCACAAGCCCUGCUAAGGGAAAAGUCCCUAUGAAACCUGCCCAAAGGGAGACCACUCCAAAGAAACAGGAAUCUCCAGCUAAAGUAGCGCCCCCUGCUGAGCCAGAAUUGUCUAUUGGCCAGAAAUCCCAGUUGGUGUCCAAGCUUCAGUCCCUGUACAAGGACCUGGAGAAGUCGGUGAUAGAGAUGGCCUGCGAGGUCUGCAAGUGGGACGAGACACGCGCCAAGAACGUCCUGGAACUAAUGAAAGAUGACAUGAGCAGACCAGUGACAUCCACAUCGCGACCUACGACCUCCCAGACCCAGAGGUCACCAAGCCCAAGCCCUGCACCCUUGAGCCCAGCCAGCCUGGAGCCCGUCAGCAUGAUGCAUGAUGAACCCAGCAGACCUGGUACUUCAACAUCAUCUGCAAGUUCGAAAACCUACAUGAAGGCGUCUGACUUUACAUCUCGCGCCUCUAGCGCCACGGGAACUAAGGUCAGCAUCCAGAAACCUGCGCAAGGAAAAUAUACUGGCUCGCAGUCGAAAUCUAACGUAGCUACGACAGGCUCGCAGUCGAAAUCUCAAGUAUCUACGACAGGGUCGCAGUCGAAAUCACACAUAGCUAUGAGCUCGUCUUCCCAGCAGACGAGAUUGAACACUGGUGUGUCUGCAGCAUCUUCGCCCACUACGCAGCACACACGAGCGAAACAAGUCACCCAACCAGGUCCAAAACAGCCAGUGGUCUCCCAGCAACCACAAAGGCCCGCCUACAUUUCUGCAAACAGAACCAAGGCUAAAGGUCCAGACCCAUCACUGCAUGUGGGGCCGAAUAAAGGGCUUCUCUUAACCGAUUACACAAAGGCCAACGGGCCAAACCCGGAGCUGAGACAAGGGCCUGACCCGGGCAGAGUUCAUGGGUCACAAGGGGCUGUGGGCCCAGACAGAUCCCUGUCCUGUGGGCCCCAACACCACCUUGUACAUGGCCCCAAUACUGACCUCCGACAGGUGGCGUAUGUGUGAACAUUGCUGCAGUGAACAUGAAUUAAUAAUCAGUGGAUUCUGCGGAAUUAUGUAACUCUUGAAUGCAAUUAAUCUUUAUUGUAUACUAUCCUGCAGAUUAAGAAAACUGCAAUUUACUUGAAUUGAAUAAAAAUCCUAGGAAUUAAGAGAAAAUUAUUUUUGUACAAUUCAUUAAUAUUUUAUUACUAUUUGCACGUUCAAAAUACUAAACUAGAACAGGUUGCGUAUGUAUGAACAUGGCUGCUGUGAACAUAAACUGAGCCUCGUUCUGGGAAAAUGGGGCUUAAUGCAUGUUUUUCAAGUGUUUUCCCAGAUUAACAGGUGCAGUCUGCACAGGCUUAUCAGGGAAGCACUUUCCGCUUUAACUUGAUUUUUUAAAUAAGACACUUGCUUUAAACAAACAAAUACCACCUACGCGUAUAGACUGCGCAGGCUAAUUUGGGACGAUAAUUUACGCAUAUCCAUUGAACCCUGUUUUCACAGAGGGAGGGUCAAAUUAAUUCUCAUUGUAUUUGGCGGAAUUUCAGAACUCAGACUGCAAUUUAUUUGAAUUUAAAAACAUCCUAUGGAUAAAGAGAACGAUAAUUCUUAUUAUUCUUUCAUAAAUAGGGCUCAAGAUUAAAAGAAAUCUUUAAAAAACCAGUAGAAAAAUGUCAUUUGAAUUAGUUUAAAAAUAUGUGAUUUGGUGUUAUCAAUACUUGUGUAUUCUUACUGUUUGGUUCUUUCUAAGAAAUUCAUAUCUUGACACAGCAUGAACGGUAUAUUUAUGCCCCCCUUCGAAGAAGAGGGGGUAUAUUGUUUUGCACAUGUCGGUCGGUCCGUCGGUCGGUCCAUCCACCAGAUGGUUUCCGGAUGAUAACUCAAGAACGCUUAGGCCUAGGAUCAUGAAACUUCAUAGGUACAUUGAUCAUGACUGGCAGAUGAACCCUAUUGAUUUUCAGGUCACUAGGUCAAAGGUCAAGGUCACAGUGACUGGAAAUAGUAAAAUGGUUUCCGGAUGAUAACUCAAGAAUGCUUAGGCCUAGGAUCAUGAAACUUCAUAGGUACACAUUGAUCAUGAGUGGCAGAUGACCCUAUUGAUUUUCAGGUCAUUAGGUCAAGGUCACAGUGACUCAAAACAGUAAAAUGGUUUCCGGAUGAUAACUCAAGAAUGCUUACGCCUAGGAUCAUGAAACUUCAUAGGAACAUUGAUCAUGACUGGCAGAUGACCCCUAUUGAUUUUCAGGUCACUAGGUCAAAGGUCAAGGUCACAGUGACACAAAACGUAUUCACACAAUAGCUGCCACUACAACUGACAGCCUAUAUGGGGGGCAUGCAUGUUUUACAAACAGCCCUUGUUUAUAUGUUAUUUUAAGUAUUUAUUGAUGUUGUAUUGUUCUUUGUACUUCUGUACAUUUUUUAUUGAAGUAUAUGUUUUGUAAACACUUGUAUUUAAUAUGAAUGUCCUUAUCAUUAAGUUGUUCAUAUAUGCACGAUAUGUCUAAGCCAAUUUCCUGGUGUUCAUAUACAUGUAUUUGUCCGUUUGGAGACUAGUGUAUAAAAUUAAUCGUCCAGAUUUCUAGUUUUAAUACUUAAAUUAAUGAAGUGAUCAAAAUUGUAAGUGCAUUCAUUUUUGCUGUCAACUACUUUACAGACAUGGUAAUUCUUGAUGAUUUACCUUAAAGGGACCUUUUCACAGAUUUUGGCAUGUAUUGAGGUUUGUCAAUAAAGGCUUUAUAUAUUGAUAAAUGUAAUCAUUUUAAUAAAGAGCUCCCGUAAAACACAAUAAUAAAAUAAAACAAGAGCUGUCACCAUAGGCUGACAUAUGCCCCCUAUAAACACUGAUAGAAGUUAUGAGCAUUUUUCGAAACCUAAAUGCAGAUUUCAAAACCUAAACGCUGACCCUUAGUUCAAGGUCAAGGUCACAGGGGUCAACAUUUUUGUGCGUAUGAAAAGGCCUUGUCCAUAUACACAUGAUAACCAAAUAUGAAGGUUUUAUCUCAAGGGACAUAGAAGUUAUGAGCAUUUUUCGAAACCUAAACACAAAAGUGUAACGGAAGGACAGACAGACGGAUGGACAGUGCGAUCACUAUAUGCCCACCUUUGGGGUCAUACACAAAUAAAAAAGUAAUUCUCAACUUGGCUUGAACCUCUGACCCUUGGAGUAAAAGUCUGGCACCUAAACCACUCGGCCAUUUAAGCUCAUAUGAUGUUAAUGGAACUUAAUACUUUAUAUAAGCAAUCCCUGUAAUAUUACACAAACAACUGUUACAGAACUCACCAAAUUAUUCAAGCGCUUUGGUUUUGUAACGCUUUUAUAAUUUUUCAGGUUUCUAAACCGUAAAAAGAUACCUAUAUUGGAUAUUUUAGAGCAUGGUUAAUGUUCAGUUAUACUGUUCCCUCACAAAUAUCAUAACUUGAACGAAAAUUUGCAAAUCUGAAACUUUUUUCAAUUUUGUCAAUUAACCAAAACGUGAAAUAGUCCUUCUAUUAAAGUUAAGCAUGCAAAAAGAGCCUUUAUACUAGUGAACUCUAUUUACAGAAUUUACAGGCUGGAAUUGUGUACUGCAUUUUAACUUUUUGUUUGAGAACUGGUUUAAUAAGAUCAAUUCAAACAUGACAGUCAAUAUGUUGGAUGUUCUUGUGUCUUUUUAAGCUUAUAUAGGAUUAUAUGGAUCCGAAGGCAUUUAUCAAAAUAGUAUUUGAAUAUAUCAAUGCAUACAUGUCAGAGAAAGAUAAAUGUUUGCCAGCUAUGUAAUAUACACAGUUGACUGCUUAAAAUGACAAAGUAUACAAGUGUCUGUUAAUGAUCUUCAUCUAUAAAAAACUGAUUAUUCAUGUAUACAUUUGUAAAAUAAUGUUUUUGUUAGUGUUUCCAUUAAUGCUAUCUAUUUAUACAUUACAUGACCUGUUAUUUUAUACCAUCUGUAACAUUGUUGUAGACUUUUUAUUGAAUAAAGCAUUUGAGGAACUGUU